AGCCCAUGACGCCUGGAAAUGCACAACGGUCAGGCAUUUUCCAGCUUUGGCUAGGAAAUCUUCAAACUGCUGGCGAGUUGUUGCUUCCACGACAUUCGCCAUUUUUGCUUUCCCCUGUGCAGCGGUUCCGGUGUCGGCCUGACGUCACAUCCGUGCAGCCUGGUGGCUUCUAGCAAGUACCAGAGCUUGUACUUGGAAAUUAUUUGCAUGGUUUUUGAUGAUAAGGAACAGCUGCAUACACUGGAUAGGUUGAAAAGGAUAGUUUGACUUUUAAGUGAUUUCAAAGAGGAAAGAGAAGCAAGUACUCGCACUUUAAUAGCUGGAACCACUGAAUGUUUGGAGGAACGCCAUGGAAGAACAAACUGCAGACAUAGAGGUGACAGUCAAAACAUUAGACUCCCAAAGCAGAACCUACACUGUUGGUGCUCAGUUGACAGUGAAGGAGUUCAAGGAACACAUUGCCUCUUCAGUGGGUAUCCCCGUGGACAAACAGAGGCUGAUCUACCAGGGCAGAGUCUUACAGGAUGAAAGGACUCUGGCAGAUUACAAUGUGGGUGGCAAGGUGAUACACCUUGUGGAGCGGGCGCCUCCUCCGCCCUCCCAGCCUGGCUCAGGGUCAGGUGUGACUUCAACCGACAGUGGACCCACUUCGUCCUCCCAGGGAACAUCACAAGUGCCUCCACAUGAUCGCAACGCUAACAGCUAUGUAAUGCUUGGCACCUUCAACCUUCCUGUUAACAUCAUGGACCCCCAGCAGAUACAGAUGUCAGUUCAGCAGAUGGUGUCUGGCAUGGGAGAAAAUGCCAGGAAUGCCAGAGUCACAACCAGUACUGGGAGCAAUGGGUCUGUGAAUGUGCACAUUGAUAUGGACCAACCAGUGCAGAGCGAGCCUAGGCUGAGGCUAGUGCUGGCUGAAAACCUGCUGAGGGACAUCAAUGAUGUUGUCCACAGAAUGGAGGCUCGGCCGAGCGACUCAUCCUCCCAAACAGAGACAACUUCUGCUGCUUCUGCUCCCCCUCCUCCCUCAUCUUCGUCUACCACCUCCACUCCCUCUCCUUCUGCGCAGCCCAUGGACACCUCUCCACCUCCAACAACUCCCCCACCUCCACCCACCUCUUCAACACAAUCUGAGGGACCAACACCCCAACCUGGACCCAAUCAUCCCAGCCCAGCUGAGUUGGCGGAGAUGUUGUCUGAGCUGCGGAGGGUGGAGGAGAGGCUGCAGCCCUUUAUUCAGAGAGCUCAUACCAUCCUGGAGACAGCCACCACCGCAGAAUACAACAAUAAUACAGAGAGAGAAGAGGACCAGCGCACUCUUAUCCUGACGUGGGAGUGUCUCCGUCUUCUUGGCAAUGCCCUUGUGGCCCUCAGUGACCUGCGAUUGAACCUCAUGAGCCCUGUGCCGCGCCACCUACAUGUGGUCCGGCCGUUCUCCCACUAUGCCACCCCAGUCACUCUGCCUGGAGCUGUGCACCACCAUAUCCCAGUCCAAAUGAACCUGGGUGCCACAGUCACUGCUGCUGCUAACAGCACUGAGGGACAUGCCCCGCCCAACCAAACAGCCAACCAGUCGGAGCAGGCAGGUCAGGGACAGACCUCCCCCCCACAGACUUCCCCGUCCAAUCAGCAGGCUGGACAGGGACAGGCUGGCCCCCGGGUCAUCAGGAUCAGCCACCAGGCAGUCCCGGUGGUCAUGAUGCAGAUGAACACGGACGGCCCAAGUGCAAACCCUGCUGCAGCUGGACAGCAAAUGCCUGGACAACCGGGUGCCCUCCCCCCUGACUUUAUGCGGAAUCUCAUGCAACAGAUCAGCCAAUAUGCCGCUGCUGUAGCUACUAGCGCUGCCGCCGCCACCGCAACUGGCCAACCAGUCCCACCUCAGCCCACCCCUCCUGGCUACAGCUCCACAGCCAACUCCUCAACUACCACCACGGGUCCUAACACACCCACCACCACCCCUACUGCACCCCCACCACCACCCCACACUGGCCCCCAGCCCCAGGCCAGGGUUGUGUUCACCAGACCCCCAUUUGCACCUAACAUGCCCCCUCCAGCCUUCGCCACCCGGGGAACCACCAUCAAUGUGAGGGCUGCCAUGCCAGGCCAGCAGCCAGGACAGGCUUUUAACCCUGCUGCUCUCAACCAGAUGAUUAGUGGACUGGUUGGACAACUUUUGCUGCCAGGACAAAUGGCUGGUCAAACCGUCACAUCCUCCUCCUCCACAUCCACGUCCUCUUCUUCUUCCUUUUCCUCCUUUUCCUCUCAAACCUCCUCAUCCCCCUCCUCCUUUUCUUUCUCCACCUCUGGUCCAACACCUCCGCCUACCACAAGCACAACCAGCCAAUCUGAGACCAACACCAGUGAGCCCCAGUCCCAGGAGAUGCCCCCAGACCUCAGCCAGCUUCUGGGUUCUCUCUUGGGGGUAGCCGGUGGGGGCGGUGCAGGCCCUGUAGGGGCCCCUUCAAUUACUGUCUCCACAUCUGGUGUCCCAGCCUUCAUCCAGGGAGUGAGUGAAUUUAUGCAGCAGGCCUCCCAACCCAUCUUCUCUCCACCUCCACCUCCCUCUGGUACCACUCCCGCUCAAGCUGCAGGCCCCAACCCCACACCCAUACCCCCAGGGGCAGCUGAGGCCCUCAACCCGGAGCUCUUCACAGGCAUCGUUCGUGGCGUCUUGAGCACCAUGAUGGGCUCUCUGGGCCAAGCCCAGAACGACACAGAGAGUAUUGCCCAGUUCAUGCAGAGGCUGUCCCAGGCAACCAAUAUCUUCAUCAGCCCUGAGGAUCCUACAGGGUUUUUUGGAGAGCUGCUGAUGUUGGUGUGCCAGACGUUCACCAUGUCAGACUUGGUGAUGCUGCUUCAUGGCCAGCACCAGCCCCUUGGCCGUAUCCAGCCUCAACUGUCCCAGUUCUUCACCCAGAACUACCUCAACGGCAGAGAGCCCACUGAUGAGAACAUUGCUGCUGCGGCUGACAGCCUUGUUAACGAACUGGAGGAGUAUAUCACUGAGAGCUUUAGAGAGUCUUCAGUCACAGUGUUGGAGGGCGUUGAUGUCACUCAGACCAACAUGUCCUUCUUCAGACAGCAGCUGAUGCACAUUGCCACACACAUUCUGCGUUGCACUGAUGACUCAUUUGGGCCCCGACUGCUACAGAUGUGUAACCAAGCACUGUUUGAGUGUCUUGCCCUGAACCUGCACUGCUUGAGAGGAGACCAGAGAGCCCUCACUGCAGUUAUCAACCACCGAAUACGGAGGAUGUCCAGUGACAUCAGCCCCAGCCUGGUCAACUGGAUGACCAGUAUGAUGACGAUGAGGCUGCAGGUCAUUCUGGAGCACAUCCCCAUCACACAGGAGCAGAUCCAGAACUACAUAGUUCACACACAGAGAGAUCAGUCUUCUGCAACUGGCACACAAGAGCCUGAACGAGCACAAAGUGCAACGGUAAGCAUGAUUGGGGACACCCUCUCACCAGCUGCAGCAACCACAGCAGAGGAGGCCAUGUCGGUGUCACACGACACGAGGGCAUCGUCACGGGAAACCAGGGUGUUGCCUGGGGACUUGGGAGCCUCGGGAGGAGCCGCACCAUUAGGUGGCGAAAUGGCAGCAGCAGGAGCUGAGGGAGGGAGUGAGGAGUCUGCUCGAGAGUCAGAGGCCUGGGCGGCUGCUGUUCCCCCUGAAUGGGUGCCCAUUAUCAGGUGUGAUAUGAUCACUCAGAGGAAGAUGAAGGCUCAGCCUCCAUUGUCGGACGCUUAUUUGCAUGGCAUGCCAGCUAAACGCAGAAAGACAGGACAGGCUGGUGGAAGCCUCCUCUCCCUCUCAGAUGCAGUGAAUCAAGCUGCCAGGACAGCAGGAGUGAAGCCCAUCACUUCUGCUGAGCAGUUACAAGAUGAUUUGGAGACCCAAGAGCUGAAAGAAGCGUAUGCAGAACAGGUUAAAGCAGACAUCAAGAAACGAGUGAGGGACGACCCAGAUUUUAACUCCCAGCAAUUCCCCAGCGCACACGGAGCUUUCUCGUCAGACUCAAGUUCAUCUGAUAAGAAACCUGCAAGACUCUAACCGUUUCCAUCUUCAUUAUUUCUUGGAUCUUCAUUCAACCACCACUCAACGCAGCUUCACCCUCAAAACUGUCUUCAUGCCUUUUAAGCAGUUAGCAGUUCUUUAGACUAAUUGCCUAAUGCUAAUGUGACUACUUCCCCAGUGCCUAUUUAUUUCUUUUUUUAAUUUUGGUCCAACAUUGCGAAGAGAAUAUUCCUUGUUAAAAAUGUAGUUAAGUUUGACUAAAUCAGGUCACUUUUAUUUUGUUUGGAUACAUGUGUAUGUCUGUAUUUUUUUGGCCUCUUAUCCUCAUGUUGCUUGGUUAAUAUGGAGCCUAAAUGCUCGUUACUUAGUGGACUUUUGCUUCCUCUCAAUAUUCUCAAGCGCAAGAGUACACUUUCAUGUGAUGAACAUGCUGUUUGGUACAUGAAUGUACAGUAAGCUUAAUAAAAAUCUUGAUACAA